AUGUAUCUUAAUUGUCUUCUCAUAUCCUCCCUUUUGGCUGUCCCAGCCCUUGCGGCUCCCAGCAACUCAACCACCAACGCCUGCAAGGAGAUUGCAAAGAACCUCCCCGAUAUCGUCUCGUUCCCCUAUGCCAUCACCUUCAACACCGAGACCACGGGUUACUGGUCCACAUCCCUGCGUGAGAUCAAGCCUGCUUGUGUAGUCACUGCCAAGUCAGCGUCCGAUGUGUCCACCGCUGUCACGAUCCUGAACAAGUACCCCGAUGUCAAGUUUGCUGCUAAGAGUGGUGGUCACGACCCCAAUCCCGGUCAUGCAACAGCUGGUGAUGGUGUUCUCAUCUCGUUGGCCGAGAUGAUUGGUGCGGUGUAUGAUGCUGAGAAGAAGGUGGCGUAUGUCAAGCCUGGAGGAGAGUGGAACGAUGUCAUCUCCACACUGAACAAAGAUGGUGUUGCUAUUGUUGGAGGUCGUCUGGGUCUCGUUGGUGUUGGCGGUCUUCUUACUCAAGGUGGUAUCUCUUUCUUGAGUGCCCAGUACGGUUUGGCCGCUGAUAACGUUGUCGCCUGGGAAAUGGUCAAUGCCAACGGAACCAUUGUCCACAUCGAUGCCGAGAAGCAGCCCGAACUUGCUGUUGCAUUGAGGGGAAGCGGCAGUCAGUUUGGAAUCGUCACUCAGUUCACCGUCAAGGCCUAUCCCAUUGGCAAGGUCUGGGGUGGUAUUCGCACAUACGAUGAUUCCAAGACCGACGAACUCUACCAAGCCAUGCACAAGUUCAUUCCUUACAGCAAUGAAGACCCCAAGGCCGCCAUCAUCACUACUAGUUUGAUCCUCACUGGCGGUAGCAGGAUCAACUUGAUGUUCUAUUUCUACGAUGGCGAGAAGCCCCCGACCACUGGUCCCUUUGCCGACUUUUUGAAGAUCAAGUCUACCCUUGACACUACCAAGACCCAGACAUAUCCUGAACUGCUCAAGUCAAACGGAGCCGGAGUUUCUCUGCUCAACUCGAGGAUUUCUUUCAGAACUGCCACUAUCCCAUACUUCCCCAAGGACUCCACCGUCUACAGGCAAAUCACCAAUAAGAUGCACGAGAUCACAUUGGGCUACUUCAAGCGCCUCCAAGGUCUAGCUUCCCAGUGCUCAGUCGACUUCCAGCCCCUGCCCGCCGCCAUCGGUAAGCACACUGAAGAGCGAGGCGGAAACGCUAUCGGCUUCACUGGCAGCGACCCCGAUCGCGUUCUUCUCGAGAUCCAGUGUGCUUGGGUUGAGAAGAGGCUCGAUGGUAUGGUUCGUCAGUUCUCCAAGGACUUGACAGCUUGGAUUGAGGAGAAGGUGCCUCAGUGGCUGGAGGAACAGGGUGAGCCUGCUGAUGCUUACCUUCCUUUGUUCAUGAACGAUGCCAUGUCGGAUCAGAAUGUCACUGGAACUUACAAGAACUAUGCCAAGUUCAAGGCACUUCAGCUUGAGGCUGAUCCUGAGGGUGUUUUGAGGGAGAGAAUGGGUGGCUUCAAGUACUGA